GGGCUUACCCAAAGCGGUUGACUGUUGUCUGCAGAUUGGACUCGCCAUGUAUAUCUGAAAAUUCUUUCGUGUCGGACACACGACCGACAAUGGGACGUUCUUCCGGGUAACUCGACGACGAUAUUACUAGUUUCGACCGGUUUUUUUGUUUUGUUUUGUUUUUUAAUUCCUAUCAUUUAUCUAUUGUUUUACCUUUUUUUUUUUUUUUAAUUCGCCAGCUUCGGAACGGAUUUACUAAGCCUGUCUUCUGAGCCUGCAAUGAGAUUCAACACUUUGGACAGAGACUAGUCGUCUAUUGACGCUGACACGCCUGCCGAUUGGUUCUGGAGAUACUGCCGUGCAGAUGCAAACACACACAGCGGAAGAGCAAGAUGAAUGCUGCCCUAAUACAUGCAUGCUGGGCAACAGAAAAACAUAUGAAGCUGAGGAGAAGCUGCCACGUGGCAAGAAGGAGGAGGAGGAGGAGGAGGAGGGAGGGGCAAGGAUGGAUAUUCAACCUAGUGUAAGAGCCUCCCCGCGGGGAUGCCGGCGUAGAACGCAAGGCCUCACGGGCCGUUGACCUGCUGUCUCUGUGAUUUAUGGCGGUUUUGGGAGGGGGGAGGCUUCAGGCCACUGCAGACUCCCAUCUCUCCCUGCCGUCUCCCUUCACGCACACGCUGUGCCGCCAAUCUGAAGGAGGCGUACGUAGAGGGAUUCUCGGCACGGUGUGAUUUGCAUCACGCUCGUGCACGUGCAUAAAUCCACGAGUCGGAUCGCCACACUGCACGUCGUCUCUUCCACAGAAGACGGCGCCUCUCUCGACUUUCCUACAUUGCAGCAAUCGCCGCCACACGUCUGUUAGACAAAGCCCACUGUGGGAGUGUGUGUGGAUUACCAUCAGUCAUGGCGUGUCAGCUGUAGACCCCUCAGCACUGCUGCUUGGGGGGUGGGGACAUCUAAAUCGAUGGAAGUCCGCAGAGUAAAAAAAGUGAUGUUCCUUUCCUCACAAGCUGAUUCCACACACUGCUCUGCCUCCAGGUAGUGAGACAUUCCCAGCUAAAAAAAAAAAAAAAAGAAAAACAAAACAAAAAAAUCCCCCAAAAGGUGUAAAGUUUGAGUGAGAGCCAAUAGGUGCCCCCGCCAUGGUUUUGCCACCCCCCGACAAACGCCACGUGUGCUUGACCACCAUUGUCAUCAUGACCAGCAUGGCCUUCAUGGACGCCUAUCUGGUGGAGCAGAACCAGGGUCCCAGGAAGAUCGGCGUGUGCAUCAUAGUGCUGGUCGGGGACGUGUGUUUCCUCAUCGUACUGCGCUACGUGGCGGUGUGGGUCGGGGCCGAGGUGCGCACGGCCCGGCGAGGCUACGCCAUGAUCCUCUGGUUCUUGUACAUCUUCGUGCUGGAGAUCAAGCUGUACUUCGUCUUCCAGAAUUGUAAGGCCGACAGGAAGAGUCUGGAGACGGUGGCGAGGAAAGCAUUGACGUUACUUUUAUCGGUCUGUGUGCCCGGUUUGUACUUGGUUCUGGUGGCUCUUGACCGCAUGGAAUAUCUGAGGACUUUCCGCAAAAAGGAAGACAUGCGGAGCCGUUUGUUCUGGGUGGCACUGGACUUACUGGAUCUUCUGGACAUCCAAGCCAAUUUGUGGGAGCCCCAACGCACGGGCCUUCCCAUCUGGGCCGAGGGUCUGAUGUUCUUCUACUGCUACAUUUUGCUCCUUAUCCUCCCCUGUGUAUCACUCAGCGAGAUCAGCAUGCAGGGUGAGCACAUGACCCCUCAGAAGAUGAUGCUCUACCCGGUCCUAAGCCUGGUCACCAUCAACAUGGUCACCAUCCUGAUCCGAGGCGUCAACAUGGUACUCUUUCAAGACAGCCGCGUCUCCACCAUCUUUGUCGGCAAGAACGUGGUGGCCAUCGCCACCAAGGCGUCCACCUUCCUGGAGUACCGCAAGCAGGUGAAAGACUUCCCGCACCCGCAGAACGCCAUGGCCAUGGAACUGCAGCAGAACUCGGUCGGCCACACGCAGACACUGCCCAACGCCACCACUUUGCCGCAUGAACCCACGCCGGCACAGGACGCCAUCGACACAUGACCACCAGUCUCUCGCUCCUGGAAUGUGCACCAAACUGUGUCACAGAACUUAACAUGAACGUUUCACUAGACUCUGGAGACAGAAAAACGGUUUUAAUCAUACGACGCGGUACCUUGACAUAUGAGUGCCCCAUUCUACAAGUUUUUCCAGUUUCAAGCUUGGUCAAUUUUUUUUGCUUUGUUUUGAAGUUAGAAAUGAGCUAGAUAUAGACCGCCGCUCGCUUAAAGGCACACAUACAACACUACAGCUGACUUUCGGUUUGUCCCAACGUGCAGUACAGUAACUACACUUGCCAGUUUAUUGCUCUACCUUCUCUUUAUCCAUCCAUCCAACCAUUUUCUGAGCCGCUUCUCCUCACUAGGGUCGCGGGCGUGCUGGAGCCUAUCUCAGCUGUCAUCGGGCAGGAGGCGGGGUACACCCUGAACUGGUUGCCAGCCAAUCGCAUGGCACAUAGGAACAAACAACCAUUCGCACUCACAGUCACGCCUACGGGCAAUUUAGAGUCUCCAAUUAAUGCAUGUUUUUGGGAUGUGGGAGGAAACCGGAGUGCCCGGAGAAAACCCACGCAGGCACGGGGAGAACAUGCAAACUCCACACAGGCGGGGCCGGGGAUUGAACCCGGGUCCACAGAACUGUGAGGCUGACGCUCUAACCAGUCGGCCACCUUCACUUUAAUUAUGUUUUUUUUGUGUGUGGUUUCCAUACAAUACAGUGCUAUAUUUCUUUAGUACAACAACAACAAAAGUGUAUUUGGGGGGGGGGGGGGGGGGGGGGUGGAUUAAUGGCAUUUCAAUUGGGAAAACUGAUUUGAUAUACAAGGCAAUUUUGUUCCGAGCUUGGUAAUUAAACUUGUAAGUCAGGGUAUCAAUGUAUUGUGUUUUUAACUCUUUGGAGGUUUUAAACGUUCAAACUGUGUCUCCAAACUCAGCGGACCAGGAAAUUUCUUAUGUUGUGUAAAAAUCGUUCCUCUCUCUGUGAGUGACGUCUAUUUUUUAAGGGUCACAAGUACCAGCACCAAACGAGGGAAUGUUUGGCUUCCCGGAUUCCCUGCAAUUGGGCCAAAGAGGAGCAGAUGGUGACAAACGGCCACGGCGAGCUGCCCUUUGCGCUGCCAUGCAGCAGGAGGUCGAUAGCGGCCCAACACCGGGCCUCAUGCGUUCGUGUUGUGGAAGCUGCAGCCUCGGGCGGUGUGACGCUUGGGAACUACAGGUCGGAUUAAAGCGAAGCGCUAGAGAAGCACUGGACCGUCCACUGCGAGCACACACACACAGUGGACAUCGCGCUGUGAGCGUGUAUGUGUAAGAGCAUGCACACAAUUAUAUAUGACGUAUGCCUGCAAGUGUGUGUGCAAACGUGUGCUUGUUUACCACCAGAGGUUUGUUUAUUACAGAUCAUUUUGUAAUACAAGUGUGUGUGUUUGUGUGUUAAGUGCAAAUGAGAUAAAACUAUGUGUUGAUGCCAGGAAAAAAUAGAAGGGGAAGACAAUUUCAAGGUAUUUCUCAACUGUACAUUCCUCUAAAAUGUCUCAAACCUUGGCAAGAAAGAAUACAUAGCAAAGUAUCAACCAAGUUUUAUUUACAUACAGACAAAAAAGGAAAGAAAAUACGUGCAACAAGCUGAACAGAGUUUUAUUCAGUUAAUUAUGAUUUGUAUUAUUAUUAAUAUUGUCGUUGUUAUGAUUAUCCUGUAUAUUAUUUGCGAGUGAGAGGCCAAUUAUGUUUUAAUAAAAAAAAGAAUUGCUGACAA